GUCGCUAUUUUUCACUGUUACUCGUGUUUUGUCUAACCCAAGGGGAAAACAAAUCUAACUGACUCGUAUUAUUUAUACUUUGCAACGUUUCGUUUUCACUCCUGCAAAUAUGAAACAUAACUCCAACGUCCCCGCAUUUCUCACCAAGCUUUGGACCCUCGUCGAGGAUUCGGAUACAAAUGAAUUUAUUUGCUGGAGCCAGGAAGGAAACAGUUUCCUUGUACUAGAUGAACAAAGGUUUGCAAAAGAGAUUCUUCCAAAGUUUUUUAAGCACAACAACAUGGCCAGUUUUGUCCGACAGCUCAACAUGUAUGGUUUUCGGAAAGUAAUGCACAUUGAUGCAGGCAUAGUGAAGCAAGAGCGGGAUGGACCAGUUGAAUUCCAGCAUCCAUACUUCAAACAUGGUCAAGAUGACCUGCUAGAGAACAUCAAAAGAAAGGUGUCCAAUGCACGGCCCGAAGAGAGCAAAAUAAGACAGGACGAUCUUUCUAAAAUUCUGACAAGUGUUCAGAAUGUCCAUGAGCAGCAAGAAUCCAUGGAUGCUAGACUUGCCACCCUGAAAAGAGAGAAUGAGGCUCUUUGGACGGAGCUGUCAGACCUCAGACAGAAACAUGCACAGCAACAGCAGGUCAUAAAGGAGCUGGUGCAGUUCAUCUUCACAUUGGCUCAGAACAAUCGUUUGUUAAAUUUGAAACGCAAAAGGCCGCUUGCACUGAACAGUAAUGGAAAGAAGUCAAAAUUCAUCCACCAAUUCUUUGAGGAAUCCAUGGACCACAGCAAAUCCGCAGUGAAUGGACUCAAUGGACUACAGAACAAUUCCGACAUUUCUGAAGACGUCAUCAUCUGUGACGUCACAGACGAAGAUCCAGAAGUUACAGAUGGCCUAUCUGUACCGGUUGACCAAGGGGAUGCUGAAAUCGUGGACGUCGCACAUGAAAACAGCCCGACUGUAAUAAGCGACAGCACAAACGGCACUGUAACAAAUUCAACCACUCAGCAAGAAGCAGUACCCAAAAGCAGCCCUGACAUUUCACAGACUGAUAUUGCUCUGCAACUGAACAAACCUUCAGGUCUAAGUUUAGAGGAUCCAGUAAAGCUGAUGGACUCCAUUCUCAGUGAAAAUGGCGCCAUUUCACAAAACAUCAACCUUCUUGGCAAAGUAGAGUUGAUGGACUAUCUGGACAGUAUUGACUGUAGUCUGGAAGACUUCCAGGCCAUGCUGUGUGGUAAACAGUUCAGCAUCGACACAGAUAUCUUAGAGGAAACUGGAACAAAAGAGAACAUCAUCAAAGCCAACAAAGGGAAGUCUGAGCCUGAAGACAUAGAUAAGCAGCUGAUCCAGUACACGACCUGCCCUCUGCUGGCCUUCCUGGAUGGAUGCACCCCUCUGGCCCCAUCAGAUUCUGCAAUUGAAAACCUAAGCCUGCCUCUACUGCCCCAAAGCCCUGAAGAACCCACAGACCUGUUGGACGAGGCCCUGGAGAUGAAGACGCCUCGCAGCUCUCUGAUCCGUCUGGAGCCCCUCACAGAGGCGGAGGCGAGCGAGGCCACGCUGUUUUACCUGUGCGAACUGAACUCUGACCUGUCAUGUGUCGACACGCCACAGCUUGAUAUCUGAAAGCGAAUUAGCAUAGAAAACAGGGACCGGACCUUUUUGUAAAUAUUCUUCAAAAUGAUGAUAUUUAUUUGCCAGAAUAUUUGUUUUUGGUACCAUCUAUCCAUGAGUUUGACAUUCCUUCAUUUCACAGAUUUAUUUUUUACUGUUCACUACCUGAUAGAUACAGAUACUGUUCACUUGAUGGCAUCCUUUCCACACUCUACAUCAGGAGUUUGGGCUGCAGCUAUGUUGCUGGUUUACAUUGCAGCUGUUUUGUGAAGCACGUGUUUUCCUGUGUUGUUAUUGAGCAGUUCAAAAAAAUGUCAUAGCUAUCCUUUCAUGUAUAUGGUAUAGAAGUGCCUGCCUGAUAUCCUAAUGUCACUAUUAUUAGACGUGAAGACUUAUGGUUAGUCCCAUAAUGUUGGGCAAUAUACAGUGAUUUCUUGUUACCGUGAGCUUUUUCAUUAUUAACUUUGCAGUAGCAUUAAAGCAACUCAAAGGUCAA